UGCCCUCAAUACAGCAGCACCCUCGAUAACAGCAGCUCUUAGCUAAGGCUCUUAGCUCUUAGCGUGCCCAUAGCUCUUAGCGUGUCUGCUCUUAGCUCUUAGCGUGCCUUAGUAUCUGCUCGUAGAGUGCCUUAGUAUCAGCUCUUAGCGUGCCGUAGUAUUCCUUCACCUAGUCGUCGUGUCUCUAAGAUCGUAUAUCGAAGCUUGUAGCUGCAGAUCUAUCUCCAACCGUAGAGCGUAUCUCUUAGUCAAAUCUGGCUUACGGAUUUUGCUCCGAGCUGAAAAUCGUAUCUUCGUCAGAUCUGACUUACGAAUCGUCCUCCAAGCCGUCGAGCGUAUCGUUGUCAGAUUGGACUGUUACACAAUCUGCAGCCAUGGUGCUUCGUUCCAACCUCCAUUGCAAGCCUUGUUCUAAGGUGCAGGGAGGCCGUCAGCUGUUGUCACCAGGGCUUGGGAGCAAGGGAUAAAAACACACGAGCUCACAUCGUUCAUCAUUAAGUCGUCUCUCCUAUCGCUGCCGGCCUCUUUGCCCGUGUCAACACCUUACUUCUAAGUUCUCGCGGUCAAAUCAUUCCUCGAACCAUCCGUCUCUGUGCGCACUCCCGUCCUGCUCGUCAGCCGCCAUGCGCCGCCCCUGGUCUCUGCACCACGCCGUGGAAACCACCGUCGAUGACCCUGUGCUGGACGCCGCAGGCGUGGGGAGGGGGGUUCUAGGCCAUUCUAGCUCCAGCAGCGGUGGCAACAGUAGCAGCAGCAGCAGCAGCAGCAGCAGCAGCAGCAGCAGCGGGAGGAGGGUGAGGUGCAGGAUUAGCGGCGAUGCAGCUGUUUUCAGGGCGAUCAAGGGAAUCUUCGGGAGGCGCAUGAGUGCAGGAGCGAGGGCUUUUCUGCGGCAGUCGGAGCUGGGUGGUGUGUGCGAGUGAUUUCAGAGCUGGAGGCAAGUUACCUUGGUGGUGGAGCAACGAAUUCAAACGCGGUGGGUUGACGGCUGGCAGCCAGCCCUACUCUUUGGAAUCAUUUGGAUGUGUGCACUCACUUGCUCGCCCUUGGCUGCCUCAAGAGGUGGUGAUGGCUGCGCCAGUUGCUGGUGCACGGUAUACUGGAGUGAUCGCAGUGCUGGAGGCAACUCAGCUGCUGGCAGAGCGGCAAACUUAAAUUCAGGAAUGAUACGAGGAGAUUGCGGCAUCAAGUGCAUCUGAUUAAAGAAAACACUUUAUCUGAAGAUCACCUCGUCAUAAAGAAAGUGCAAGGGUUCAGCUGCCGAAUUUGAGCAAUACGAUGAUGCUUCUUGUGAUCUUGAGGAGCCGUGAUUAGUAAGAGUUAGGUUUGAGCGCCUUUUUGUACUGUAUAUAGCUUCCAAUAUAUUCACACGGAACAG